AUGGUAGGGAUGGGAGGUAGUCAGCGGACGUUCUCUGCCAAUUCUAACGACUAUAAGCUUCUCGAAGAGGUCGGUUAUGGCGCCAGUGCUACCGUUUUCAGAGCGAUCUAUCUUCCGACCAACGAAGUCAUUGCUGUCAAGUGCUUGGAUCUCGAUCGAUGCAAUAGCAAUCUGGAUGACAUACGGAGAGAAGCUCAGACCAUGAGUCUGAUAGACCAUCCAAAUGUUAUUAAGGCUUUUUGUUCAUUUGUCGUUGACCGAAAUCUCUGGGUGAUCAUGCCCUUUAUGGCCGAGGGUUCUUGUUUACACCUUAUGAAGAUAGCAUAUCCUGAUGGCUUUGAAGAAGCUGCUAUCGGUUCAAUUCUGAAAGAAACUCUUAAGGCCUUAGAGUACCUACACCGUCAAGGGCACAUUCAUCGAGAUGUCAAGGCUGGAAACAUACUGUUGGAUACCAAUGGAGUAGUAAAACUUGCCGAUUUUGGUGUGUCAGCAUGCAUGUUUGAUACUGGUGACAGGCAACGGGCGAGAAAUACUUUUGUGGGAACUCCUUGCUGGAUGGCACCUGAAGUGUUACAGCCAGGAAGUGGAUAUAAUUCAAAGGCUGAUAUAUGGUCCUUUGGUAUUACGGCCUUGGAGUUAGCUCAUGGUCAUGCACCUUUCUCAAAAUACCCACCAAUGAAGGUGCUUCUUAUGACCAUACAGAAUGCCCCUCCAGGACUUGAUUAUGAUCGGGAUAAAAAGUUCUCCAAGUCUUUUAAAGAAAUGGUUGCUAUGUGCCUGGUGAAAGAUCAAACAAAGAGGCCGACUGCAGAGAAGCUAAUGAAACACUCAUUUUUCAAGCAUGCAAAACCCCCGGAGCUAUCUGUAAAGAAGUUGUUUGCAGACUUGCCGCCACUUUGGAAUCGUGUAAAAGCCCUUCAGCUUAAGGAUGCGGCACAACUAGCUCUGAAAAGAAUGCCUUCAGGUGAACAAGAAGCUUUAUCACAGAGCGAGUACCAGCGAGGAGUUAGUGCCUGGCACUUUGAUAUUGAGGAUUUGAAGGCUCAAGCAUCAAUGGUUAGAGACGAUGAUGAGAUGUUCGAGACUAAAUAUGAAGACGAAAGCUUGAAAUCCGAUGGAAGGGAUAAGGCUUUAACCAACGGCCAACCGCGCCUGGUGAAGCAUUAUUCGACUAGCGAGAUUUCACAGCUGGUGUCUACAACUGAAGCAUUGCGAGCUGAGAGCAUGAACCAGAAGGGCAAGUCUCUGGAAAGUGAUAUAGUAGAAGUAGCCUACCAGGAUAAACUUGGGGGCAACAGAAAUGGCUCUAGCCCUGACUCGAAAGCAUCGACCUCAGAAAAUGAUGUGGUGCAGUCCAAGGCUAAACCAAUCAGAAGUCGCCAAAAUCACAGUGGGCCACUCAUGCCUGGUAAUGCAUCCAGUCAUUCAUCCGAAAAGGGUCGGGUUUCAGAAAGGUUUGAGAGUGAAACUCAGCCUGCAAAUGAAAAAGUCACGAGAAAAGCUCCUAGCUUUAGUGGUCCUUUGAUGCUCCCAAACCGAGCUUCUGCAAAUAGUUUGUCAGCUCCCAUAAAGUCAUCUGGAGGAUUUCGAGAUUCUCUAGAUGAUAAGACUAAGGCUAAUCUGGUACAAAUCAAAGGGCGGUUCUCUGUGACAUCAGAAAAUUUGGACCUUGCAAAGGAUGUUCCUUUAAGUACAGUUCAACGUCGAUCCUCCCAGACAUCACCACUGAGAAAGUCUGCUAGUGUGGGUGAUUGGAUACACGAGGCCAAACCAAUGCCUGUGGUCCAGUCACAAAAAGAGGUUAGUGGCGGCAGUAAUUUACCUGCAUCACAACUCAUGACUCACCUCCAGAAUCUUUUUCAGCAGAACUCAAUGCAGCAGGAUCUGAUCCUCAAUUUGUUGAAUAGCUUGCAACCAGCAGAGGGCUCGGAUGCCGUGCAAAAUGGCAAGUUGCCUCCAUUGCCUCGAACUGCAGAGAAUAAUGGGACUGUUGAUGCAGCUGUUUCUGAAAGAGAACGGUUAUUGUUGCUAAAGAUCUCCGACCUUCACUCUAGGAUGUCCGGUUUGUCCGAUGAACUGAAUGCUGAAAAGCUGAAAUACGAGCAACUGAAGCAGGGGUUCUCUAGGACCGCCGGAAGAGGAAGACGUGGAGUAUUGAUAUGCCGGGCGGAGCUGCCUCAGGAGGCACCUUACGCGGCGGCUAUCGGCGCCUGUAUGCUGAGUUCGCUUCUCUUGCCCAGCUCUUAUCCUCCUUCCGAUCAGGAAUCUGAUUCCGGAAUGGACACCACUGAUACUCGCUUGACGGUUAUGGGGAUCAUUAGUUUCGUUCCCUACUUCAAUUGGCUGAGUUGGGUGUUUGCGUGGACUGACACUGGGAAACGCCGUUAUGCAGUCUACGCCCUUGCCUACCUCGCUCCAUUUAUCAGGUCGAAUCUGUCACUCUCACCGGAGGAUUCCUGGCUGCCUAUUGCUAGUAUUUUUCUCGGCGUCAUUCAUGUUCAGCUGGAAACAAGUAUUAAGAAUGGAGAUAUUCAAGGAUUUCAAUUGUUCAGUGAAGUUUCAAAGCUUCUUUCAUUCACAAAGGAAAAGAGAGAGAAUGAUAUCGUGGAUGGCGAGAGACUACCCAAGGGUAGGAAAGGGCAUGGAAACCUGCCAACUGAUUUUGGUGGGAGGCGGGAUACUGUAAAGAAGAAGAAGCCCUCUGAACAUCAUGAUGACUCACACGGCGACUGGGACUAA